AUGCAAAUCAAGCUUUCCCUCCUUGUUGCUGCACUGUGUGUCGCCCAAGGCUACUCGAGACCUUUGCAAAUUGAGCGCCAGUUGGCGGUGCGCAACGAGCUCGUUGAAACGGGGUCUGCCUUCUCGUUGCAUCGCUUGCAGUCGGCCGGCUCAGUCCCCACAUCGUCAUCUCGCCGAAAUGCCAACCGCAUCCGAGGCAGCCUCGCCAGGUUGUCUUCGAAGAGGACUAAUAGACGCCGUCUCCAACGAAGGGCCGCUCUUCAACAGGCUCUUAUACAACUCUCCUCGCGCCAGGAUGGCAUCACACCCAUUUCAUCCACCAGUGGUAGCACUGGUGUAUCGACCAUCGAGACUGGCCAAGAGAUGGGCCCCCGUCCGACAUCACCAUUUGGGACUGAUGAUUCGCUCGAGCAUGGCGGUUCUGGCACAGGAAUGGAUACCCCCGCUGGUAGUCCAGGUGUAUCCACCGCCCAGGGGAGCACGGGUGUGACCACCGUCAAUGGAAGUACGGGGGUCUCCUCAGUCGAGUCUGGUCAAGAAGUAGGACCAAAACCCCAUGCCCCAUAUGGAGCAGACCGACAAAGUGGUGAAAGUAGGAUCUCGACUACAAGACAGGAGCAGGGACAAGGCCAAGCGCCGCUAGCUCCGGCCAAUGACUGGGAGAAUCCGAUGGUACCUGAUUGGCUGGCGAACCUCCCGCCGCGGUGGGCUGUUGGUCGUAGAGGCAGCGCUCGGAGGAGUAUGGGUCGGAGAGGAAAACAUGGUACCCCGACUAGGACCAAGAGUUCUAGUUAA